UUUGUUAUGUAACUCGCUAUCGGUCUAUCAUCAGUUAUGUUUAUUCCUCUGACAGCUGAAGUGAAUGUGCUCUGUGACAGAUUCUCGGGAUCUCGGGCUAUUCUUUUCAGCAACCUAGCGAACGUUUUGCAAAGUGUAUAAAUCUACAGUGCUUAGUGGUAAAAGUGCCUUUGACGAUUUGUCACAUGUAACUCAGUAGUUUACUUUUGCUUUUUCCAUCCUACAGCAUCCUAUUACAGAACUUGCUGUUGUUAGAAAUGCGCUGAAUUGUAGGGUCUUUAGAAUGGAGUCAAGUUAUGAUGAAGACUUGAGCGAAAACAUCUUCCUCGAAAAACUGCAGACUGAUCAUAUUGAAUUAUUUGAUAAAGCCAUCUGCGACGGCUGGGUGAUCUGCGUGCCCAGAUCUGGCUCGUUCGCUAAGUAUGCUUUCACUCAUGAUGACUUUUUCAACCACAUCCUGAUUCCUAGUGAUGAGCUUCCAGAGACACACUUUCGGACAUUAAACAACAAAGACAUCCGAAUAUGUAACAAAUUAAUAACCUUAGAGCCCUCGGACAUUUCCAAACCGUUCACCACGCAUAUCCUUUUUGAAGAGACCUUCUACACAGAAGAAUACUUAAAGUAUAAGCUCUUGUGUAUCGAACGCCCAUUAGAGCCGUGUCAAAUUGGUGAUGAGAUUAAGUCUAGUUUUGUUAGUGUGCAGACUUUACGAGAUUGCAUUGAUCUAUUAUGGACAGAAAGUGCAGGCAAGUCAAUCCUAGAGAAGAUGGAUGAAAUAAUCAAUGAGUUUCUGGAAGCAAACCAUGAUUUGGAGUACAAAACUCUACAAGUUCAACGAGAUGCAACCAGUCGUUUGUAUACGAAAUGUUUGCAGGUAUGUUUAAGCGAUACUCGGCUAAGGAGUCAGACAUGUGUUAACAAAUAUUUUCUAGAGAACAUCAAGAUUGCUGUUGAAUCCUACGUACAUCAUCAUAUCUACAAAAAGCUGAUAAAGGGUGUUACAGCAUGCACAGCAUAUGAUGAUGCGCAGUUGAACAAAAUAAUCCGCAAUUUAUCAGACCUACAGCUGGGUGACUUAGACAUUCGAGCAGAUCUUCAUGAUACAGUUCCACAAGCCAGGAGCGAGCUGUCAAAAGUAGAUGGGUAUAGUACAGUGCUUGGUAAGCUAGGGUGCCUUAAAAGAUGCCUUGCUGCCAUUGCGCAAGAGUCCAUGAACCAUUCGGAAGGCAACAUAGUGAAUGCAGAUGACUUGUUACCAAUAUUUGUUUUCUUGAUCAUCAAAACUAACCUUCCCAACUGGAUUGCUCACCUGACCUAUCUAUCCCAAUUCCGGUUUUCAUCAUCGAACCAAAUGAUAGCUGAUACAAGUACAUUUUUGAUAACAUCUCUUGAAGCUGCAAUUGAGCACAUUAAAUCAGGCUCCCUACUAGGCUCACCAAUGCCUGAAUCACAGUUACCAGAUGCAGAUUAUCCAGAUUCUGCUUUGACUUAUGAAAUGUCAAACAUGAAGUCAUAUCAAGCAAACCUUAAACCGAAGUAUAAUGCAAAGUCAAAUUUAUAUACACUGUUUGAGGAAACACGUUGUGGAAAUCUAGAAAAAGUUAAAAGCAUUUUAGAUAAUAAUAACUUUCCUUUGCCUGAAAAUCCCUCUAAAGAUAAAUCUCAACUCUGCCAUCCCUUAUGUUCCUGUGACAGCUGUGAAAAGCAGAUGUCAAUCAUUUUGUGCAAUACAGUUCCAACAGUUUACUCUUGUGAUGAUCGAGGCUUCACUGUUCUGCACAUUGCCUGCCUCUUUGGACGUCCCAAAAUUGUGGACUUGCUUCUAAGUUAUGGUGCAAAUCCUAAUGUCCAAGACUACUCUGGCUCAACGCCCCUGCAUUAUGCUGCAGCUCGAGGCCACCAAAAUGCCCUGUUACUCAUUCUGCACGCCACAAGUGACAUUAUAGAGCAGCCAGACAAUGAAGGUAAUACUGCACUGCACCUGGCAACAGAGAAUGGGCAUGAUGGCUGUGUGAAAGCACUGUUGUACUUUGCUGAGCACAACGGAAUUCCAUUCAACAUUAACAUGACCAACAACCAGGGCGAUACAGCUCUGCACUUCGCUACUCGUUGGGGUUAUGAAAAUCUUGUGCAACUUUUGUGUGAUUACAAUGCCAACCCCUUGUUAGAAAAUAAACGUAAGUUAACUCCGAUGGACUGCGCCCACAAUUUGCAUGUGGCAAAUAUACUGACGGAGCAUUUGCGCGCGAACAAACCAAUUUUGCAUUUGAUCCGCCCAUGCCCGAAAAAAAGUGAACUUGUUGCCGCAGCAUCGUUUGUCAGUCUGGAUUUUUCCGACACAUCAGAUAGUUUCACCUCAACUGAAGAGUACGGGACAAGACCACAGACUAUGAAUCAAAUCAAGAGGGUGGAGAAGCUGCUUCGGGCGAUUGAGUUCAAUGAUAUUCGGCUGAUGUCGUACUAUCUGGGCUUUGAUGAGCCGGUAGUGAAGUCAGCCAGUGAACAGUCAAAGAAAUGUCAUCCUCUCUGUUCCUGUGAGCUCUGUUGGGAAGAAUCAGAAGAUGAAUUCAUCGAGCAAAGGUCGCGGAAACACCGUUUAAAAGAAGCAUUAAGUGUGAACGUGUGUAACUCAGACGGCUACACACCUUUGCACAUAGCAACACUUCACAACAGAGUUGAAUGUGUACGCCUGCUCCUAGACGGUGGAGCAAAACCUAACCUUAAAACCAAAUCAAAGGAGCUAACAAGCCUUCACAUCGCAUGUCAGAAUGAGCGGACACGCAUCAUCAAACUUCUGUUAGCCUCUGGAGAGACUAACAUCAAUACACAAGAUGUCAAUGGUAACACUCCACUUCAUUAUGCAUGUAUGACCAACAAUGUAAAACUUGUAGAGACAUUACUGAAAUAUGAACCCAAACUCGGAAUCAAAAAUUCCUUUGGACAGACCCCCUUGGACUUGGUCAAGGAAAGCAUGUCCCUUUGUUUGAUCAAGCUGCUAGGUGGCAAACCUGUAUCUGGGUUAUAGCCAGUUUUCUGGAACAUCUCAAUUAGCUUCAGGACCUUUAGACCCUGCCACUUUUUCAAUCAAGUUUUUUUUUUUCUACUUGAGUGAACAGGAGUUUUUCUGUUCACUCUGUGGACUUGAGUUACAUUUUAUGAUUUAGGAAGGAUGCUCAAACUAAAAGUGCUUUGAUUUUUCAAUUUAUUGACUUUACCCCGAAAUUGUUAAAUAUCGGAGUAAUCUUAUUUUUUAGUUGGCCCCUUUGACUUGUAAGUUGCUCUCUGAAAGUCUUUUAGAGAGAAAUAACUGGAAUUGAGUAGUGAAAAUCCUCUUUUACUAGGUCUCAUAGUACAAAUUUAAUGAAGUACCUUCAUAAUCUACUUCAAAUACUUCAGUCAUCCAGAUGAAUAGAAACCUAAUUCAUCAAGGGUGAAAGGAUGUCCAUGAAAAUCCUAUAAUUUUUGUUAUUUCUUCUGAAUUUGGUAAAUCAAUUUGUUCCCGAUUCACUUGUUGAUACCUCUAGGUUUACCUUCAGGUAAAAUGUUCGUAAAAGUAUUUUCUCUCAUGGAGACUCUCUUCUCGCAACCCUAGUGCUCCUUUAUUGAUGAUGUACACAUACCUAACAGGUCAUGUGCUAGCUUGUGUUACCGUGACAAAUAACCUUAGCUAGCGGCAGAAACAGAGAAAUUAGAUUUUGUGAAUUGUGUCCGAACUUUCUGUAACCAAAUUCAUCGGUAAGGUAUCAGAGUAGUUCUGUCGAGCAUAAAUUUUAGACCAAGGAAAUAACUCUAAAAUUGUGGCCUGAUUACUGUAACACAAGAUUUUAAAACAGUAAUGAGUCUACCUAGAGCAAAAAACAGCUGAAAAAGUACUAACAAUGAAAUUUGAGCUGCGCAAUGUAACUGCAACAUACAUACAUCCUAAUUCUAUCAAGUGGAGGGGACGUAUUUUAGCUCAAUGAAGUUUAGAGUAAAUGCUUUGCUGGGGUCAGGUCAUCCUAGUUAGUCUUUUUACUACUAUCAAUAAAUUUUAGAUCUGAAAACUCACUCAUUUAAUUAUUAUCAUUUGAUGAUAAUUGUGUCUUGCAAAUGUCUUGCUGUUGUAUGAAAUUAAUUUUGGAAACCAAAAGAAGGUUUGGAAACUAAAGAAGUGGAAAUGAAAGGAGACCAUGCCAUGAUACCAACAACACACAUACUUUAUAACGAGAACAUCUAUUACUAACAAAAAUCAACAAAUAGAACCUGAGUAUGUUAAAAGAAUAUUCUAGUUUUCUUAAAUUAUAAAUUUUAAAUCAAUGAAAUAAGUCUAAAUAAAAUGUAAAACAGUAAAAAAUUAUUAUGAAUGAACGUAGAUAGAUGAAUGGAAAUAAAAUAAUUAAAUUCAUCCACUAUCUAUUUUACAAACAAGUUGUUGUUCCUUUGAAGUAAGAAGUUUGCUCACUUUCCUGCAUUUGUAUUCUUAUGCCAAGGAGCCUCAAUUUGUCUUUAUUCAUUCCUUUUGAUGCUGAAGGGAGACUUUGAUUUUGGUGCUAAAAACAUGGAGAAAACGAAACUUAUCCAUUCUAUAGACUUUUUAUUUAGUUCAAUUUUACUAAGAGGAUAACCCACUGCACUCAUGUUUUAUCAGCGUGUCAAACUGGUUGCUCUAUUUUAGUUACAUAUUCAUUUAUAUUCAUAGUUCUUUUGGAUCUCUGUCAUCUUUUAAGAAUGUUCACUGCUCUUCUUUUGGAAAUGGUAUUCAGAAGUGAACAGGCAGGCGGUAACGCUGGGGAAAAUUGCAGAGGGCUGGUGGAUAUUUUCGUUGAUUUUGGAUUGAUUUGUCGCCUUCAUUCUGUGAAAAAAGCAUCUAAAAUGGACGAUAUAUGUGAUAAAGUGCGAUAAAUUUGUCGGCCCUGGCCCACCCCUGAUAGUAUCUCUAUUUUCGUCGAUUUCCAAGCAAACCUUUUCAAAUGAAUUUCUAAAAUACCUUGAUAUCUGUAAAAUAAUUUCAUUUACUAUGAUGUUAAGUUUUUCGUGCCAUCAUUCCCAAUCAAAAUUGUUAAUUGUUUUAGGAUCUAAACAUAAAGCUAAACUUAUGGUGCCUUCAGAAUCCUUAAUUGGAUAGAGCUUUUGCCCUUUAUUUGAACUAAAAUUGCUGAUAAAAUAUCUUAAAACCCUCAUGAAUUGUAAUCCUUGUUCAUUCCGUAAGUAAUUAAAACCCUCAUGAAUUGUAAUCCUUGUUCAUUCCGUAAGCAAAUAUCUAAUAUGUCAACAGCUGAUUAUAAGUCUCAGUUCAUCCUGAAAGGUCAAAGAAUUGUUGAAAAUUGUAGCUGCAUUAAUGUUUGAAUGCUGUUUUCGGAAAAUGUAAGAGAACAGCAGCAGUAUCUCAUCCAGUCUUUAGAUCAAUUUCUUCAUUAAGUGAAUGCUGAUGUUUAAAUCACUUUUUGCAUGUGUCAAUCUGAAGGAUUUUGUGGAGCUUCCUACCCAUUUCUGGUGUCUUUACCAAAGGCGAAAAUUCCAUUAUAAUUGUAUCAGUAGCACUGAUGAAGGUAGAUCCCCAAUGAAAUAGUGUACUUGAUGAGCCAAUCUCCCAAUUAGACAGAUCUGACUGUACUGUCGAAGUAAAUUAGAAAUUCAAAGUUCAGUCCACAAGUAUACAAAUCCUAUUGUUAGGUAGAAAAGCAAUCAUUUUUUAUUAUUUUUUCUUCCUUGUAAAUGGUAGUUAGCUAGAACUGGAGCUUUACACCUGGCUUCUUCUCAUAGCCAAGGUAAGGAGUUACAUGGGGGCUGAGGGUGGUACUCAGCAUUAGACAUCUAUUUUUUAGUUCAGGCUUUAAAUUUGGCAGAAAAUUUGUUUAAUGGUCUCAUUAUGAAGUGUGCUAAAGUGUUUCACUGAUAUUAUCUUUCAAUUACCCCCUCCCUCCCCUCAUGUUCCUGUGCGUCGAAUAAUUGAAUUUUUGCCAUUUUUGUGCAGUUUUUCCUUAAAUUUUGAAAACUCUAGUAUGCACCAGUAUUUCCUAGAUUGUUCUAAUUGCAAGUGACAGAGAUUCUUAGCUCCCAUUAUAAGUCCCUUGCACCCCUAGAAGAACAGCCGCUAAAUAGACAUUUAAUUUUGGAAUUUUUGCAGGCCCAUAGUACAUUUGUAAUUGAUGAAAGGAGAAAAAAGUACAUUGUGUUCGCAAUUUAACCUGUAGAAGUCGUUUUGUCUACAUUUUCUUAGGUCUCUGUGUAAAUUCAAACAUUAUUAAAUCUCAUGGUGACACAAAUUCUGCAUCAUUUUCACAAAAAUCUUGAGAAAAUUUUUACAAGAAUAAUCUCUGCGGAAGUCAGUUUACCCUGCCUAACUUUAAUGCUAUCAUGUAACUUCCUCCUCUAUUUUUGACCUGAAUUCAAGAGUAUACAUCUUUUUACUCUCUUAAGUAGAGCUCAAUCUGAUCUUGAUCUUAUUUAAACAGCGAUUAGGCUAAAACCGAAAUCAGACUUCUCCAAGGAAUUCCCUCUCCCUGUUCACAAGCAUCUCCUUUUCUGCUUUCCCCCCCUUCUUCCCCCACUCAUUUAUAAUUCUAGUCUUGACUCUGGCCCCAUGUCUUUGCCCUUGAACUACUGCUUAACAUCAUCAGCACAAUUUUAUUUGUCUUAGCUUUAUGUUUUAUGUAUAUAUUUUUCUUAAUUAUUUUGCAAAAUGAAGCUGAUCGUCAUUGUUUAUAUUUUUGUAGUGUCACGGAGUCAGCAGUUAUGUGUGCAGUUGAAGAUUUUGAAUUUGUAUGUCUGUGAUAUUUUUUAUCUAUAAUUAUAAUAUGAAUUGAACAAAUUCAACAGCUUUCACCCUAAC